AUGUCUCUAUCAGACUCUGACAGUGAUACCGUCGUGCUUGAUGCAGGAGAUGUUCAAGAUUUUAACUCUGACAACAUACUCCCACUACCGGCAAACGAACUUGCCAAAAUUACUAAAUGGCUUCAGCCAACUCCAUAUGAUUUCGAAAGAGGCGAAUACUCUAGGCAUAGUGCCUCACAUCUACUCGGAACUGGUACUUGGCUCACAUCAACCCAAGUCUAUCAGCAGUGGCACUCUGGUGAUAAUGGAUUGCUAUGGAUCAAAGGCAUACCGGGCUCCGGAAAGUCUGUCAUGGCUGCUUUUAUAAUCAAGCAACUGCAGGAGGCGAAUCUCCCGGUGGUCUACUUCUUCUUCCGCCAGAUCAUCGAAGCUAACCACAAGCCUAUUGCUGCGUUGCGAGAUUGGCUGUGUCAAGUUCUGGAUUACAGCCCUCCGCUACAAGUCAAACUUCAAAAAUACGUUGCACAAGAUCGAUCUCUUGAUAGUUUGUCGCCAGCCGACCUGUGGAGCGACUUCAUGAUGGCAUUCGUGAUCGAACUAGGCCAAUGGCGUCCACAAAAUGUCAAGGUUUUAAUGACAUCGCGCCCAAUAACCCGCUUAGAGACGUCUUUGAGGUCCGUUUCUAUCCCUCAAAUGCGACUAGAAGAAAGACUUGUGGAUCUUGAUAUCGCGGCAUAUGUUCAGUAUAAGCUUUUUGGCUCAUCUAUCGCGAAAGAAAAUUGGGCUGCUAUUCAAGAAGCGAUUCCUGGUCGGGCAAAUGGAAUAUUCUUAUACGCGAAAAUGUCUAUGGAUGUCUUCCUCGAGUCUGGCGCAGAUGUACAAGAGGCUCUCAAAGCGCUACCGAUGGACCUGAACACUAUGUAUAAUGAACUUCUACGGGAGCAUGCUCGGCGAUCGAAUGUGCCUUCUGAGCUCCAACUGCUGAUCCUUCAAUUUGUCACCCACGCCACACGCCCGCUACGACUUCUUGAAAUUGCUGAAAUGUUGAACACACACUCCGAAUAUAAUCGAACCCUCAAAGAAAUCAAAGACCUGGUCAGAAGUGCCUGCGGACCCCUUCUGGAGGUUUUGCCCGAUGAGACUGUAUCGGUCAUCCACCACACAUUCACCGAAUUCCUCAAGGGUUACACUAGAUCGAGAUCCACGGACAAAUUUGAGUAUCCAAUCUUUGAAGCUGGCUCAACCAACCUGCGCCUUGCGAUGGCAUGCUUGUAUUAUUUGCGGGCAGGAUGUCUCGACAACAUAGAGAUUAUAAAAUCAAUACCGAGGGAGAGCCAUAGCCGAUUCCGUGACCGGAAGGAGAAGCAAAAAUUCGAAGUACGGUUGCAAUUCCCCUUUUUGGAGUACGCCGCAAACAACUGGUACAAACAUGCCCGCCUAGCGGAGAGAUCAGGCGAAAAUCUGGAAAUGUUCUAUGACGCUCUUGAUACCUUUUUCGCAGAGACGCACCGAUACAAUGUUUGGUUGCAUCUGGUCUGGCCGGGCUGGAAUAUUGACGGCAUUACACCCCUUCACGUUGCUGCCCAGACUGGUCUAUCUCAACUCACAAAGCAUAUUUUGUCCAAAGGCGAAGUGGUUGACAGUGAAUCCGUGAGUUUGCCUAUAUAUUGGGCAGCAUCAUACAAUCACGGAGAUGUUAUUCAGGUGCUUGUUGAUUAUGGAGCUGAUCCGGAUGCUGAACUGAGUGAAGGGCUGAAGCCAUUGCAUAUAGCCGCCAAAUCAAACCAUGUGGAUGCUGUCAAAGCCUUAAUCGCUGCUGGAGUCAGUCCAUUGACACCAAAGACACAGAACGACAAACCACUGGGGGGAUGUGUAGCCGGUGCGCCUGGGCCUAGUACUAUAGGCCACACCCCUUUGAUGUAUGCGUGCCAUGCCGGUCACCUGGAGACUGUUGUCGAAUUCGUUCCAUGUUUGAACAAUGUGGAAGAUAUGCACCGAGCACUACAUUGGGCUGCCGAGAAAGGUCGAUCGAGCAUUGUGGAGCUAAUAUUACAACAACCCGAAGUCGAUGUCAACUCCAAGUUGCAAGGUGGCACCGCGCUAUUCGUGGCUUGCAAAAGUGCAGAUCAUAAGACAAUCGAAGUCUUGAUCAAAGCUGGCGCGGAUCCGAAGGUGUUGUGCGAAACUUUUGAAGCAGUUAGAGGAGGUGGACACGCAUCUCUCUCUUCAGUACCAAAGGAAGCGCCUUGUUCCAACGGAAGGGGAUACACGGCGCUUCAUGCUCUGUGUAGAAACUCUGUGUAUGGAGCACAGGCAUCCAGUCAAGCUGCCGAAUGCGUGAAGGCUCUUUACCAAGCUGGCGCCGAUAUUAAUGCGAAGGAUCUCAAAGGCUCGACGGCUUUGCACUACGCAUUCAAGUCAUCGAUCAAAUGGAUUAAACCUCUGCUGGAUGCAGGUGCAGAUCCUGCGAUGGAGGACGACAAUGGAGCAACAGCUCUAUAUUCGUCAUCGCAGCUCGGGAAAGAAGCGCUAUCACUGCUCUUAGAGAGUGGGAAAGUGGAUAUCAAUAAACCCAGGGCAAGCGAUGGAAGGACCGCAUUGCUCUGUCACAUUGCAGACAACAUGAGUGAUAACCGGAAAAUCAUCGAGUUUUUAGCUUACAAGCCCGAUGUGAAUGUCACCGAUUCGAAAGGAAACGGACCAUUGCACCUCGCAUUGAGGCGCAGCCGCCUCUCCCGUGAGCUUAUCGACGAGUUGUUGGCUGCAGGCGCCAAUCCAAAUUCAAGAGAUACCGCGGGAAACACCCCGUUGCACGAAAUGAGCAUUGGAGUCAGUCGGGAAGUAAUCAAAAGUCUUCUUCUAGCCGGUGCAGAUCUUGAAGCACGAAACAACAAGGGCCAGUCUGUUCUUUUUGCUCAACUGUCAAGAUGCAACGAGUCCCAUCGUAAACCAGAAGCUCUAAACCGCCUCGCUAGCGAGGGUGCACGUCUUGACACGCGUGACUACAAAGGCCGUACUCUGUGGCAUUGUGCCAUUGACAGCCCAGACACACACUCUAUUCUCCAAAGCCCAGGAGUUGAUCCUUUGGUGUCAGACCAUGAUGGCAACACACCGCUCCAUGCAGUUGUCACCCAUCAGUCAUUGAACGGAAAGCGAGAAAUAUUGGAGCGAUUGAUGGGAGUGGGUGUGGACAUCAACCAACGCAAUCACAAAGGCCGAACCGUCUUGCACGCUGUCUGUUCAAGACACUUGGCAAUGAAUCGAUCUAGAGACUCGGUUUAUGACAUCCUUGAUUAUGUCCUCAAACGGUGCGAAUGUCUAACAGUCAGUGAUUAUGACGGUAUCCAGCCACUACAUAUCGCUGCUACGAUCUCUGAAACCUUUGUUCAUAAGAUUCUCAGCGCUGGAGCCAACAUUUGCGCAGCUACAAAUGACAAGAUGACAGUCCUUCAUCUUGCUGCGCGUGCACGUCAGUCCGGAAUCAUCGAUAUGCUACUAUCUCGAGCAGCCUCUCUUUCUGAGAAGACACGCCUAGACUUUGUGAACAGUCAAGAUGAAGAUGGAAGAACCGCCCUUCAUUAUGCAUGCCGUUCCGGCCGACCUGAAACUGUCAAAUCCUUGCUCGAGGCUGGAGCAGCCUGUAAUGUUCUGGACAUCCACAAGCACUCUCCGCUCGCGAUGUGUGGAGAAUUUGAAAAGGAAGCCUCGCUUUGGGAUCGUCGAGUGCCCUCACCAAACUCGCGACAGACACAAUCAGAUAGGGGUCUCAAUGCCGCAGGUCUAACGCUGAAAGAUGACUCGCGUCCAUUCUACGACCGAGCUGACGAUGAUACUGAGCCCACUUUCGGAAGGAUUAGUUCGGAGCAUGAUACAACACGAAUGAUCGAGAUCAUAAACCUGCUUGUCAAACAUGGAGCUGAUCUCGAGAGUGACCACGUAUCUCUAGAGUUUGCGUGGAAAAAUGCCGCCCAGCCUGAAUAUGGAUAUACAAUCUCUUGCCUUCCGCCCUUGAGAAACCAAUCUCCCUCGCCCCGUGUUAUUCAUAUUGGGAGGCACGUCCAGUUUGAGGAUCCCGACCGGCAGCUGAAAAUAUCGGUUGCGAUCAAUUAUCGGAAUGCACUAAGAGAUACCCUAGAGAGCAACGGCAAGCCAGAAGACGAAAAAGAACAAAAGUGGCAUACGGAUCAUGUUGCAUCUUCACGGCAACGCUCGGCGGAGAGAGCUCUGGCUUUGAGAUACUAUGAUCUGUUCGAAAAGCUUGCAGGAGGGGUUGAAAGCCUGUCCAUUCCUGAUUAUCACGGACACACAUCGCUGAAUAUGCUUGCCCGAUGGGGAUUUGUUGAACUUCUCCAGCGCUUGUGUACUCGAGAGGUAGCGACGCAGCUUGAUGGUGUUGACUGGAUCUCCAAUCCAGACGAAAACGAUCUCAAAAAAUGCAGUAUACCACUGGUCAUCUCUGCCUGCGAAAGACAGCUUCCCAACAUGGACGUUCUGAAACUGGUCGUUGAAGACUUUGGAGCCAACAUCAACGCGAAAGGAACGCAGCGAAUCUUUCGAGAUAAGGGGUACUUCCCAUCAAUUACCAACGGGGUUUUGCAUGAGCUUGCCGUUGGAAAACUCUGGUGGCAUGUGGACAAAGCCUUGCCGUAUUUGAUCCGAAUGGGCGCAGAUAUCAAUAUCCGAAACAGAAAUGGAGAGACACCCCUCAUCGUUGCUCUCAACUCUUGUCACCCAUUUUCCAAGGAAGCUUCCAAAGCUCUUAUAAGAGCCGGUGCGGAUGUCAAUGCGGUUGACACUGCUGGCAACACAUGUCUUUCGAUCGCCUGGGACGACAUGGAUAUGGUCAGACUUUUGAUUGCACAUGGAGCUGAAGUUAGCCCGUCCGCUAUAAUAUCUGCUCUGGAACUUGAAAAGGUAGAGUUGCUAGAGGUUCUACUCUCUCGAAGCGAAAGUUCAAUAUUGAAGCAACCGCUUCCGAAACAAAUCUUCUACAGCACUGGGCCGGAUCAUUUCAAAACUGUCGGAGCCGGAACCUUCCCACUGCUAUGGGCAGCUGCGUACCGCGCUCGCAAUGAAGGUACGAGGAAAGUGAACCCGAACAUCGAAAUAAGGAAGCAAUUGGUGGAUAUCCUCUUGAAACAUGGAGCAGAUCCAUAUGCUACCUUUGAUCACCAGCAAUACCAACCCAUCCACCCUCGUAGAGGCGCCACCGAGGAGCCCAAGGACUUCCCAGUUACAACCGCGACGAUAAUUCACGAAAUUCUGAGUGGUGGCCAUAUUGUUGACCCGUUUUUCAAUCUGCCGUCUUUGGAUAUUGAGCGCCGUGACGAGAAUGGCUGCACCCUGAUAUUAGCCGCAUCCAAGAAUGACAGAGAAAAAUUCUAUGUCGGAAACUCAACCCAAAGAGUAAACUCCACAGACUGCUUCCCAGAACUCAUCAAUCGUGGGGCAAAUGUCAUGGCUCAGGAUAACGAGGGAAGAACGAUCUUACAUCACAUCGGAAAUCUGAUCAAUGUGAUCUCCAUUAACGAGGUCCUCCGGACCGUGAUGACGGCCAACCCAAGCCUUAUAAACCAAACCGACCACGCCAAUGAGACAGCUCUUCAUUAUGCCCUGCAUGACAAACGUCUCGAUCUGGUUGAACUCCUCUUGGACAAUGGAGCAGAUCCACUCCAACCGGACAAGAAUGGAGACACAGCACUCCACCACCUUGCCAAUUAUCGCCACGAAUCGGUCAAAGCCCUAUUUGAACGACUCCUCAGCGCAGGUGUCGACAUCAACGUGCGAAAUAAAAUUGGAGAGACACCAAUAUUCAACCUUCUGAAGCAAAAUAACGAAGGCCUGUAUGGGUCGGCAGAAGACCAGACGUAUAAAGGCACCUUCUUCGAAUUCUUCCUGAAAUCUGGGGCAGAUCUUUUUGCCCGAAGAAAUGAUGGGUCUACUCUGCUUCAUCUCCUUGCAGGAAUUAAACUCGAGCUCAGACAUGUGUUUCAAAGUUAUCACCCGGGAUCUGAACGCGUAGGCGUGGGACGUUUCAAGCGGUUGAUGGAUAUGGGGUUGGACCCUAUGGCCGAGGACGAGAGACAGAGGACUAGUAUCGAUGUUGCAGCUGCGUGUGAGAAUGAGCUUAUUUUGAGACUGUUCAAGAGGGAGGCUAUGAAGUGA